AUGGAGUCCGAGGGGCAGCGGCUGCCCCCAGAUAGUCUCUUAGGGGCGGCAGUGACUCCAGGGACCUUCCUAGGGGUGGUAGUAACUUCAGGGACCCUUCUACAAGCGGAGGCGUCCCUUGGGAACCUCCUAGAAGCGGAGGCGUCCCUUGGGUACCUCCUAGAAGCGGAGGCGUCCACUGGGACCCUCCCAGGGGAAGACGGUGCCACCAGGGACCCUCCCAGGAACGGCGGAGCAUCUUGGGCUCCUUCCAGGGGCGCCGGAGCCCCCGGGGACCAUCCCAGGGGCAGCCGUACCUCCGGGGACCCUCGCAGGGACAGCGGCUGCCCCCAGGGAUCCUCUCAGAGGCGAGUUCUAAAUAGAGCAAAAACUACUGUACCCAGGGGUCCUACAGGUCUGACGCUCCCAGAGACCCUCCCAAGGACAGCGGCUACACCCAGGGACGCUCCCAGGAACAGCGGCGCCCACUGGGGGUCUCCAAGUGGCGGCAGUGCCUCCAGGGACCCUCCUAGGGAUGGCGGCGUCACCUGGGACCCUCCCAGAGACAGCGAUGCCCCCAGGGACCCUCCCAGGAACGGGACAACGACUGACCCCAGAGACCCUCGCAAGGGUGGCGGAGCCCUUAAGGGAAUCUUCCAGAGACAGCCGCAUCCCCAGGGACCGUCCAACGGACAGCUGAUUCCCCCAGGGAUCCUCCCAAAGGCAGCUGCGCGCACUCAGGGACCCUCCCAAAGACAGCAGAUUCCUCCAGGGGCACCGGCGCCCCCAGGGACCCUCCCACUAGCGGCAGCGCCGCCGGUAAUCCGCCCAGAUACGGCGGCGCCUUCAGGGACCUUCCCAGGGGCAAAGGAGCCCAGAGGACCCUCCCAGGGGCAGCUCAGGCCUCAGGGAUCAUUGCAAGGGCAGCCGUACCUCCAUGGACCCUCCCACGGACAGCGGAGCCACCAGGGAAUCUCCCAGGGGCGUCGGUCGCCCCCAAACCCCCCCAGUGACGAUGUCACCUUCAGGGACCCACACAGGGACGUCGGCGCCGCUAGGGACACUUCCUGGGGCGGCGCCCCACCCUCGGACCCUACCAAGGGUCUCCAGGGGCCCUGUGACAUGCUUCGGCUGUCCCCAGGUAGUCUCCCAGGUGCAGCAGUGACUCCAGGGACCCUCUUAGAGGCGGCAGUCACUCCAGGGACGCUCCUAGAAGUUGCAGCAUCUCCUGGGACCCUCCCAGGGGCAGACAGCGCCCCCAGGAACCCUCCCAGUACCGGGGAAGUAUCCACAGACCCUCCCAGGGGCGACGGAGCACCCAGGGACUAUCCCUGGGGCAGCCACGCACCCAGGGACCUUCCCAGGGAUAGCAGCUGUCUCCAGGGACUCUCCCAGUGGCAACGGUGCUCACAGAGACCCUCUCAGGUGUGGCAGAGCCCCCAAGAACCCUCCCAAGGGCGGUGCAGCCCCCAGGGACUAUUGCAGUGGUGGAAGCGCCCAGGAACCAUCGAAGGAUAG